AUGCUCAGCCAAAUGCACAUUCCUUUCGUCAAGGUUCUUAAGAAUAAGCAAUAUUUUAAGCGGUACCAGACCAAGUUCCGUCGUCGUCGUGAGGGCAAGACGGACUACCGGGCCCGCAAGCGCAUGGUGGCGCAGGACAAGAAUAAGUACAACACGCCCAAAUACCGCCUGGUGGUGCGUUUCACGAACCGCUACUGCAUCGCACAAAUUGUCUACGCCACGAUUGACGGGGACAAGGUCCUGGCCGCCGCCAACUCGAAGGAGCUCGCUCGCUAUGGACUUAAGGUCGGUCUGAAGAACUACGCCGCCGCCUACUGCACAGGUCUCCUCAUCGCACGCAGGCUCCUCAACAAGCUGGGCUUGGAUGAGGCCUACGAGGGGGUGGACGAGCCUGACGGCGAGAUAGCGACCACCAAGGACGAGACCAACGGGCGCACCUACUACGUCCCCGAGCUCAACGAUACUAUUUGUUCCAUUCUGUCUCCUCGCUUGUUGCCUGUGUUGCCCCGCUCCUUUUGCAGGAGCCCGUCCCCCCCUUGA